UAACAGUUAAUGUUCUGGGUGUGGCCAGAAAAUGGCUGACUUGUCAUCAGAAGAAGGUGAUAAAGUAGUGAUAGGGUCCUCUAAUACCAGUCUGGAUACUGUAGGAAGGGUCUCUAUAGACUUCAAGGUUAAGACUGGUAACUGGAAAUGGAGAGUUCGUCUCUUUAUUACCAUGCUCACUGUAUUCUCUGCUACUGGUGGAUUCCUAUUUGGGUAUGACACUGGUGUAGUCUCAGGUGCCAUGUUAAAGAUUGACGAUACUUUCUCCCUGACCCCAAUAUGGCACGAACUGAUAGUAGCAUCAACCAUUGGAGCAGCAGCUGUGGCCGCAGCCUCAGGAGGUAUUCUCUGUGAGACUCUGGGACGGAAACCAGUUCUUAUAAUAGCAUCACUAAUAUUCACUGCUGGGGCUGGAGUGAUGGGGGGAUCACCUGAUAAAUACGUAUUAUUAGGUGGGCGUGUCAUUGUCGGUUUAGGAAUUGGUUUAGCUGCUAUGGCUGUUCCGAUGUAUAUCGCUGAGUCAGCACCUGCUAACAUGAGAGGGAAGCUAGUGGUAGUUAAUAACUUGUUUAUAACCGGAGGACAGUUUGUGGCUACACUUGUGGACGGAGCUUUCUCUAGUGUGGAUCAGGGAUGGAGGUACAUGUUGGGUUUAGCUGGUGUUCCCUCAGUGAUAAUGUUCUUUGGGUUUCUGUUCUUGCCCGAGAGUCCUCGUUGGUUAGUGUUUCACGGUAAAACUGAUAAAGCUCUCGCAGUAUUGAGCAAACUGAGGGAUCCUUCUCAAGUACACGAAGAACUGAAAUCAAUUAAUGAUGACUUUGAAAACCACAAGAGACAGAAAUUAGGUUGUUUGAAGUUGUUACGGAAGUUCACUACCUCAAGGACUGUGUUACUAGCACUGUUUGUUGGGUGUGGUCUUCAAAUGUUUCAGCAAUUAGGGGGAAUCAAUACUGUAAUGUACUACAGUGCCUCUAUCAUUCAAAUGGCUGGGUUCAAUGACAACCAAUCAAUAUGGCUUGCCGUCAUACCAGCGUUUGGUAACUUCAUAUUUACCAUCAUCGGUCUCCUUCUAGUUGACAGAAUGGGUAGACGUAAGCUCCUCAUCGCUAGUUUGGUCGGUAUCAUCUUUGGGUUCCUACUCCUCACCGGUUCAUUUCUAACCUCUAACCUAACCAGUCUUGAAGCCACACCCCUAUCCACUGCUGACUGUACUUACACUAACUGUGGAGAGUGUGUCGGUAACUCUCAUUGCGGUUUCUGUGCUGUAUACGAUAAUAUGAGUCAAUUCAUUGAUGGUACUUGUUCCUCUGGGGAUAAGAGUGGAAGUGAUUAUAUCAUCAAUGGGACCACUGACAGCUGCUCUGUCUAUAACAUGGACGAGUAUGAUGAGUACCUUAUAGCUGAUAACUUCACUAACACUGACUGGUUCUACAACAGCUGCCCUGGUUCAAAGUAUGCCUGGCUGUCCAUCCUCUCUCUCUUCAUAUACAUAAUGUUCUUUGCUCCUGGCAUGGGGCCAUUGCCUUGGACCAUCAACUCAGAAAUAUACCCAAACUGGGCCCGGUCGACAUGUAUCGCCAUAGCAACAGCCGUUAACUGGAUAUUCAAUUUAAUUGUAUCUCUAACAUUCCUUAGUUUAGCUGAUGGUCUGGGGCAGCCAAAGACGUUUGGACUGUACGCUGGACUGGGUUUGCUUGGUCUCCUCUUUGUGGUGUUGUUUGUUCCAGAGACCAAAGGAAAGACACUGGAGGAGGUGGAGCCAUUAUUCAAACGACCUUACUUCCUCUCUCUUUGUUACCGUGACGACAGAGGCGUGUCCCCGGAUACUGUAAGAGAGUCCGAACCACUUCUGAACGAGUGAAGACAGCUCUGGGUCGGAGGGGCUUGUUUUAAUGUGAACAGGUCAAUUUUUGUAUUUUUUCUAUUCUAUUUUAAAGCAAAUUUAAAGCAAACAA